ACAACUGCCACACAGAAGACUGCCACCUGUAUAAUCGACGCGAUGACUGAAUUACUUGAUCUCUGUUAUGAUAUGCUGAUGAAGAUCUUGGAGGAGAUCAACCCUGAAGACGUUGCAGCAUGUGCUCAGGCAUCAAAGGGCUUCAACGAGUUCGUCACAAAGAACACGCGCCUUCACAAGAGCCUAUAUGUGAAGCACUUUGAUGACCCUCGUCGACGAAAGCCGCAAGAUCCAGAGCCGGACUGGGCAAGGGAAUUGAAGAGAGUGGUUGAAUUCCAAAAGAUCCUCCAUUCCGCUCACAAUGAUGUCAAGACAGAAGCGUUUCAUAGCGUCUGUACGACAGCUAUACAUCUCAUCGCCACCAUGUCGAAUGACGACUCCGGUGUCUCGCACAACCAACAGCUGAUUGAACAUUAUUUCCAGAAAAUACCACAGAACCACAAUGCUUUCAUGUGUCGCUCAUCACUCUACGGACGUGCAGGGGGAUUGACUCACCGGCCAGCUGACAACGAAGAAGACCGUCAAUUAAGUGCGAAGCUGCACAGCCUACUCGGAUUCACUCCCCGGAAAUUCAAAUGGAAUGAUCUCGCCCACCACCCGUAUGCCAGGUCACACGUCUACGACCUGCGAAAUUAUACCGACAAAAACCAAUGGGGCCCGUUCCGCAAGGACGGCAGCAUGCGUGUGGAUUGGGAGAUGAUAGAGUGUCUGAUGAUUGUCAUUGGAUACAACUCCCAUCUAAGCUCCCAAAAGGAUCCACAACUACACCAGGCCCCAUGGUUUCGCGCGCUCGAUGGGCUGAUUCCUGCAGAGACAGAGCGCCCAGGUCAAGGUCAAACAGAUUACCUGACGCUCGUACGCCAGCCGGAUAUUGCUUUGGAUAUGAAAGAUCCUUAUGGUGUUUCGGCCAUCUAUGGGCGUCUCGUCUGUUUCCUUGAUUACCAAGACCUGUGGCAUUUUAAUUUCAGCAACGAGGCAAUGAGAGUACCGCCCAACAGACCGAGAGAGGCGCUUACCGCCGAUGAGGCCUUCAGACAUAUCGUCAUGAGUCUUUGGGUUACCGAUGUCACUGCACCGGGCCCCUUGGAUCACCCCGACUUACCCAUAGUACAUUUCGAGGGCGUGUCAAGAUCUGUAAACGCCCAGUGGGAUCCCAAUGCCAACUCUGGGAUUCGUGGUACUGUUCGGAUGACGCGCGAAGGCGAGGUUCGCUGGCAGACCAUCUCAGUGUUUCAAGGCGGUGAGGAGCGGUGGCGUAGCGACGGAAUCCAAGUUGGCGGCAUGCGCUGUCCACGCGGUGUUAUCGGAACAUGGUUCGACAAGGACUUCGACGCCCACGGACCUGCGGGACCGACGGCAUUUUGGAAGAUUGCCGAGCGACUAUCGGACUCAGACAGAGAAGGCAGUGAUUCUGACAACGACGUUUAGUAUUCAAAUGCUACAAUACAUAACAUAGGAGACGUGUGUGAAGGACACCGUGGUUCUCAUCAGUAGUUUGGUAUAUUGAAUUAGAAUAAAUUUGACAAGAGCUGGCUCCC